AUGAACACCGAACUACCGACGAGACCAGUUCCACUUCAGCAAUAUGAAAAGGCCUUGGAUUUCUUAACACUGCAGCUUCUUGACGGAGAUGCACACUUUCCGCAGCAAUUAAAAGAUCUGGUGUAUGGAAAUCAUAUGGAAACUCAAUCAGAAUUCAUUUCUCUUAUUCGACUCUUGUAUGAUUGUGCGCAAAGCUAUCAUGAAGCAACGCGUAACUUAUGGGAUCGUACAGAGCUCUCUGUUCAGAAUAGAAAAAUUAGUGCUACACUUAGGCCAUACCAGAUUGAUGCGGUGAAGUGGAUGGUUUAUCGAGAAUCAAAUUUACUCAAAGUGGACAAAAUGGAAUUAUAUGCGUUCCUCUUCCGCCCGAUCAAACUUGGUUCAAUGGGGAAAACUAUCUACUUUUCGUUGAUGACCGGAACAUUUAUUGAAGAGCUUCCAGUUCUACCAGAUCCCUGCCUAGGUGGCAUUCUGGCAGACGAAAUGGGAUUAGGCAAAACGUUGGAAGUAAUUGCUCUGAUCCUCCAACGUCCUUGCCCCGACUGGAAUGAAACUGGUGGUACCAUUCGAAAUUUGGAUGGAGAGAUAUUUCACCAGAUGCCGGUGCUUCAGUCCAAUCAAGACAGACCUGAUACUCCCGAUACUCUGGAUAUGGAUCUUCACGUACUCUGUUCUUGUGGGAAUGUAGAUGAGACAAGGGAUUUUGCUGUCGUGCAAUGUGUGCGUUGUCAUGGGCCCUGGCAACAUACGACCUGUGUUCAGUAUGACCCAGAUAGUUAUUCUAGUCGGCUCCCGGUGAAGUACGGAUACAUUUGUCCCAGUUGCUGGAGUCAGCUUCGAGUUGAUUCCAAGGCAACUUUAAUUGUUGCACCCGAUCAUAUCUGGCAGCAGUGGAAAGAAGAAUUACAAACACACAUUGUACAUAAUUCUGUGGAUGUCUUGCUUUAUGCGGGCAUGGAAGCUCCAGUCACGUCCGUGGAAGUGGGUGUUCGAUCUACCGCACCGGGUGUGCAAUCCAAAAGCAAUCCCUAUGCGCCACGUACUCGUGUUCCUGCACGGCUCAUGAAUAGCUCACAGCGAGAAGACGACGUAGACGAGCUACUGCCUGGGUUCGUUCAACCGUGUCAACUGGCCUGUGCGGAUAUAGUUCUCACGUCCUACUCGGUUGUUCAGCGAGAAUUGGAUUGGGCCGAGGUAAUUGCCGAACGACGCGCAGGUGUGGGUGAUCGACCUCAACUGCGGUUGGCUCAGCGCUACAUAUGUCGACCCAGUCCACUGACUUGCCUUCGGUGGUGGAGAGUUUGCUUGGAUGAAGCUCAAAUGGUCGAACGGGUUACUUCGAAAACUGCUCGCAUGUUGUUUCAAAUAGACGCGGUUCAUCGAUGGUGCGUGACAGGCACACCAGCAGAAAGAAGCAUUGACGAUCUCUACGGCUUGUUCGCCUUUCUACGCUUCGAACCGUUCGGUUCUGCCCACUACUGGAAGUCUUUGUUGUAUCAACCGUUUUUGGCUGCCGCGGCGCCCUCUUGGGCCAUACAGUCCAACAACCCAACAAGCACCAUUCAGUCCCCCGCGCCCGAGGGAAAUCGGAAAACGGUGCAGUCAUCUCGGUUGGCUUCUGUAUUGAGCUUGAUGUUGUGGCGUAAUACGAAACUGCUAGUUGGAAAUCAGCUCAUUUUGCCACCUAUCACAGAGCAACUGCACUGGGUCUCUUUUACUCCCGUCGAACGAUACAUUCACGACCGUGUCCUGGCUCAGUCUAUUGGGGCACUGCAACGAUUACUGCAGAACAUGUCCAUAUCGCCGGAUCAACCUCUGGCUAGUCUCCCCGGGACAGUGCACUGGCGUCUAGUGUACCUUAUUACUCGACUUCGACAAGCCUGUACACACGCCAGCCUGGUUGUGGCUACUGGUGGUCAGCCCAAACACCUCGCGCGGCACGCCCGCAGUCGCCGGGAUUCACGAGCGGGACCUCAUCGCACUUUGACUUACGACGAGCUGGAUGAAACUAACGAUUCAGAUGACGUGGUCGCGGAUUAUGCGCAAACAGCACGCUCUGGUCCAAGCGCAUCGGCCGCACGCGCUCAGCGCCACAUGGGAACCGGAUGUUUCACCAUGACUGAAGUAAUUCGUCGAGUGGUGGAUGACACGAGGCGCGAAUGCGAAGGACUGUUACGCACCUGGGCAUUUAAUAAAAAUGGCGCUGCCGGAUGUUUCAUCAUCAAAGAAGAAUACGUUCAAGCUGCGGAUUGCUACCGCGAUGUCCUGCGCACUGCAAACAGUUUGGAAAAACGACACGGUGUUCUGACUGACUGGAGUCAGCGGCUGCACGCAAUCACCAAUCUUCAUUGGCUUAUCCAGUCUCGAGAUGUUCCACUUUCCGAUGAGCCAGCUCCGCCAGUUGCAGUUAAAUCACUCGAACUACCCGCGCCCACAACCGGUUCUGUGAUAUCAUUGAAGACGGAUCCGAUGAAUGGAGCUCAAUCUGAGGUUGCAGAUCUGGACCCACGGGUCGAUCGAGACUUGAUUGCCAAAGCAGAACGACUCCGAAAAUCAUACAUUCAAAUCCAAUNAACCGAGUUAGAUAACGAGCUGAACAACACCAUGGACGCGGAUCCAAAUGAACCGACUGAAUUCUGUCCCGAAGGUGUCUCUUGGUUGGGAUGGUUAUCGGAUGCCCUGGAUCUACUCAGCACAUGCGGCCUCGGAACCAGUUUGAUCGAUAUGCUUGUGUCAAGUUUUCAGGGCUUGCCCGGAGGUUCGCGUCAAACAUAUCGUACCACUCUUCUUUAUGUUGGAUCGAUGGAAAAUUUCAAAUUGACCUUGCUGGCCGAAGUGAGCAGUGUAUUUAACGCCCGAAAACAACUACGUGUCGCCAUGGAGCCUUUGAUUAAAACGUGGAAAUCAUUUGCGGUGAGCGAAAUUUAUUAUUCUUGUGUGUCUACAUUCUUGUGGUUCAAUUCCUUCCAAUGCUUUCUAGUCUGUCCAGUAAAAUCACAAAAACAAGUUUCUCCACGAUCUUUCAAUUACUUAUUUUUCCCUGAAUAA